GCCACCUGCCCCAGGUUGAAGCCCAGCAGGCAGGCGGCGUGACAGGCCAGGCACCAGCCGUGCGCCUUCGAGCGCAUGCCACUGUUGCACGCGACGGCGGCGAGCGCCGUCGCCAGCAGCGCAACGGAGACGAAGCACAGGGGCCGCAGCAGCCAGUAGAAGGCCCGGGUGAUGCGCGAAUACUCGCAGUAGAAGAGCGUCUCGGUGAGGGCGUCGUUGUCGCCCAGCUGCCAGUCCACGCACGUGUCCCACGACGAGAAGAGGAAGUGGUGGAUGCGGCGCUGCAGCAACUGGGGCACCCACGGACGUCAUUACAGAGGGACCAAAUAAGAUGGCAUCUUGAGCAAUACCCUUUGCUGAAUGGCGUGUCCUUGUCGAAGAAGCGGGCGAAGGAGGAGUUAGUGGGCGACCAAUAGCCUCGGGCGUCCUUCACGCAUCGCCAUUCACCCCCUG